CUUCUAUGCAAUGGUUCUGCAAAUACAUGAGGCACCCAACCCUUGGUUGAUCCACUCUACCCUGGUCCGCUUCCAUUCGGGCACAAUUGAGAGCUUCAACGAGACCAACUGCAACACUAUUUGCACCAUUGAAACUGGACAAAAUGAACUGACAAUGUAAGAGAUGGCCAGCUUUCGAGUAGCGCCCCCGGAGCCAGCCAAAGACAGAUAUGAUACUUCGUGGCAAUCACAAGAACAGCAAGAAAGCAGGGGACUAUUCUUGAAAUCUUUAGCAUAAUGUUUCCUUCCUUCAGGAACCUUGUGCUUACUCCCUUUAGUACAAGCAACGAAAGUAAACAACAAUGAAAGUGACAGAUCAACUGGAUCUGGCUUUCUCAUUAAGGUGUGUGCCCGGGAAAUAGCCCCCAUACCAUACCAUACCACACCAUACCAUACAGACAGACAUACAGACACACAUACACGUGCAUUUAUUCUCAAAUGUUCAUGCACUUUUGUAGUCCAUCAAAGAAAGGCAAAUUGUUGUCACUGUCUUUUGCUUCCUAGAAGUAGCUUGAAAACUAACCUUCGAAAGUUUUGACCUCAGUUUGGGUGCUUGUUGCGUCAUCUUCCACAAAACUUGCAGUUUCUGGUUUUUCAGGUCACUGUUGGUGGCUGGGCCAUGGCUCGUUUGGCGCCGAUGGAAGAUACUCGGGCAUGGCCACCCCUGAAGCCCGGAGAAGCAGGUGACGUCAAAGAAGAACUCCAGGAGGAGACGGUACCACCUUGGAUGGAGAGUGGCGGACGUGGCCCUCAGCCGCAGUGGCAAGCUCCGGCUGAAGCUCGUGAAAGCUGGGGCGGCGAGUGGACCCAAGCGAAAGGUAAAGGUAAAGGGAAGAACAGGCGAAGGAAGGGCGAUGGCAAAUGGGUCCCAAAAGGGGGCGACGAUGCAGUCGAGGCUACUUGGGAAGGUUCGAGUAGCCGGGCAAAGGGCUCUUCUAAAGGUGGCAAAGGAUGGUCUGCAAAUUCUGAGCUCUUGGGUGAAUGGCUGGACUCGCAGGACAAUGAAGUUCUUGUUCAGUCCGGCCCACGGGGAGGACCACUAACUGCCCGGCUUUCUCGCAAAGGAGGUCGAGCGCAGGUGCUCUCGGUACGCAGGGAGCCGGAGUCUGGUCUUUGGGCUUGUGGCAAUGCCGUUUUAGACAAUGCUGCUUCUUCUGCAAAUGUCUUGGUAUGGGCUGCCUAUGACGGCCGGAAGAGCGUUUGGAGGAGGAAAGAGGUUGGCAUUGAAGCGGAUCCCGAGGACCUGCUUCCGUGGUUGCUGCGGGUGCCAGCGAUGCAAGGGCUUGGCUUGAGCCAGAUGGCCAAGGGAAAGGAGCUGCCGAAGGCCAAAGGUGCCAACGGCAAAACCGAAGGAGGCUUCUCGCCGCCACGUCGACGACAGCGAAAUUGGAGUUCAAUCUCCAUGGACAGUGAUAUUGCGGGAGUCUUUGUUGCUUCUGCAGAGGAGCAGCCCGUGGGUAACUCCUCGGCAGGUGACACAUGCAAGACUUCAUCUGAGGAGAUGGUGCAGCAUCAACCUGAAUCGACCGAGUCUGGUCAGGAUGCUGUGGUGAGCACCACAGGCAAAGUUCCAGCUUACUUUGACACCUUUAACGCAGCAGCAGAUGCUGCCCGAGUCUCUGCGAUCCUGGAUGCAAGACAAGUCCUGGGAGCUGCUGGGAACUAUCAGGAGAUCUUUAGUUAUUUGUUGAUUGAUCAUGAUUUACUUCGCACCGACGGUGAGGACCCAAUGGUGCCUUCACUAAGCUCCACGCUGUGGCAGAGGCUGCCUGAGACGCCUCGGCGCAAUGUGCUUCAGCGCCUUACAGCAUUCCACGAUGGCAGUUUCGUGCCGGGCAGCUACGUGGCGGAGUUUCCUGCUGGAAACUGGAGUGAGGUCUUUGUGGGCCGACACCGUUUUCCUGUCGUGCAUACUGACAUUCAGGCACUUCUGAAGCGUUACACCUUGGCAGAGGACAAUGUUGCCUCACGGGCAUCAGCCAUGGCCCGAGUGCUGUCGUUGUAUCGGGCCUUGGAGAACCCAGCGAUACCUGCGGGACAGCGAAGCUCACACCAACUUUGUGCUUCCAAUCCUGCCUCUAGAGCAGCUGAGGAGGUUGAGUACGAGCUUUUUGCAUCUCCUUUCAAUGCAGCUGCGGAGAAUGGAAAGUACGCCUCUCGCUUUCCGCACGCAGAGGAAGUCUUUGGAUCGGGGGGAUCGUAUCCAAGUGUCCUUGACAAGUGGCCUUCCACAGCUGUUGUGACGGUCAAUCCACCUUUCUCAGAUGCGUAUUUGGAGGAUGUUUUUGGAAAGCAGCUUGACCGACUCGUGUCCAGCUUCCGGAAGGUCCAGAUGUUUGCGCCUGUUCGUGAUGCGCCUUGGCGUCCCCAGCUGCGACGCCUUCAGGGGGCUCGGUUCGUUCAGCAGUUCUGGGAUGCAACGGCAAUGAGGGACAGACACUUGGAACAGCCAGUAUUGCACUGGCAGGGAGACAAGCUGGCACCUGGGGAUUGA